AUGGCAGAAGAAAAUCAAACCAUUUAUUGCGCCCACGCGGGUCCCAUUCCCCUCGAAGUGGAGAGAAAAAUCCAAAGCAAUAAUUAUGAGGGAGAACUCUUCAAUGAUUAUGGUUUUGUGAUUCGCGCAAAAGCUGAAAAAGGAGAAGACAUCCAUCUCUGGCCCAUUAUAUACCAGCAACAAGGAGAUGAGGCAGUCAAUUCGGGUGAUGUCUGUCAGAUUCUUGUGAUCUAUGGCAAGUUCUCCGAUAAUGAGAAGAAAUUCAUGCAUCCCAAUUGCUCGACAGUCAACAAAGGACAGAAUAUCGAGGACUACUUUUCUCCGGGUUCAAUCAAAUGGACGGAGACUGAGCAAGACGUGAAAGUGGGAGCUUGGAGGCCGAAUUCAUUGGGGCGCUCCUCCAGAGUGGCUUGUCUCUGGCGAUCAUGCUGGAGUGAAGUUGAAUGUUCUUUUCACCCAGAUAACCCGGCUUUCUAUCACUGCGGCCGCUUUGAGGAUGCCAAAACUCCGGUGGCCAAAGCAGGCUACAUUGUACACACACGAGUCAGCGGAACCAUCGAAGUGCAUGGCAAGGCAUUGGUGAUCAAGGACGGCUUUGGCAUCCAUGAACGUAUCAAACAGCAUGGGAAAGUAGCUGAUCGAACGCUCUUUAUGUCCGGUCGUGGUUUGCAUUGGAAGCACGCUUUCAGUGAAGGAUUUACCUGGUAUCUCAUGCGGAGAGAUAUUGGUCGCGGUAUGUCAUCAGCCAUGAUCAAUAUAGGCGACCGGCAAAUCUUUCUGGAGGACCCUACAAGCUCUGGCGUGGAAGAGGUGGCGCACUGGGUCGACCCUGAGAGUCGAAUCUUGUCUCCCUACAAGUGGAAGAUAUGGAUUCGCACUGAGCAAGGCACGCACGAGUCCUUGAUUCAUGCAUACGGACAGCAGUAUUACACUUGGAUCCGCCGCAACGAAACCCUCGUGGUUAAUCAAUAUUGCGCCGAUGCUGAGACUAUCUUCAAGUACCUCGAUGGACGUGUUCUAGGAUUCCAGCAGAUGAUCAGCAUUGAACAUAUGCGUACCCUCUACCGUCAGACCGCGAACUAG